AUGAGUGCUGACUUAGGAAUCGGCGCCGCUUCCAUGGGCAUAGCUCUAGUGGCACUCGGUGCAGCAGUAAUGCAAGUCACGAUGGCGGUCGACGUCGAAGAGCGUCGGAAGGGCAAGACCGACCGCCUUGCCCUGGGAGACUGGGCCAUCGAUUGGCCUCAGCUCAAACUCCUCAUACACGUCUUAUGCAGAGCGUUUUGGUUGCAGUCUCCGUGGGGAGAUCCUAGAGAACUGACGGUACCUUUCAUUACUGUUGGAGAGAUAGAGAAAUACCUGUUCGCAGAGAGCGCGGCUGCAAGUAGGGAAGAUCUGCACAGGAGGAUGAAGGACAGACUGGUAGAGUCUGCGACCAAGGCGUUCUCCGCCGGCGAUGGACGAUACACAGGCAGGAUGUACGCAGUGCGAGAGACCACACGGAAGUCCUGCGAAGCCUGCUGGUCCGACGCCAUGAACAUGUGCGGACUCACCCGGAGACACUGGUCGUUGUUGACCAGGGUGAGCGCGCAGCCGUGCGACGGCGUGAUCAGGCCCGCCAACGCCGUCACGAACCUGCACAGUUUGUGGGGCUUCGGCAGAGUGAUGGGACUAAGACAGGUCAUCUGUUCGGGGUCGCGCAUCACGAUGACGAACGGCGGGGCGUCGCUGUACUUGGACCUCUACGCCGGCGUUGAUCGCCCCAUCCGACUGGCCCACUUCAGCGGCUCGCCGAAUGGGAGGUACAUGAUCAUCGAGGAGAUGUCGCAGCACACGGCACAGUCGGUCUAUGCAGACGCCGUGUGGGCGGCAGGGUGUGUACCGAACCCGAUCAGACUUUCUCCUACUGCCAAAGCCCUUCCCGGCCCAAACCCCUCGCGCACUAGUCUGAGCUUGCCAGAUGCAUUCACGUUCUCGACGGAGAAGAAGGUGACAUGCCAUAUUGAUGACAAAGGUUUGGCAGAGGAGUUCUACCAAGUCCUGUCCAGCAGUCCAAAGACAGAUUCAAAUGCCAUGAAUCUGUUAGAACUCGUCGGCUCCUCGGCCAUCCUACCAUGCAUCAGGACGUACCCAGUUGGCAAAAUUCCAGAACGCCAGUUGCGCGCAUGCUAUGCUGCAUUGCUGUGGUGCACACGAAACUGGGGAUUGUGUCCCAUACUGUCGACAUCCCGUGACCUACCUUCCCUGCCCUUUCAUGGGACAACAUAUAUCGGACCCGAAUUCGUGACAAACGCCCAGCAAGCACGAGCCUGGUCUCGCAUGAUGGAUUCCAAUGAGUUCUCCCUUGUCCCAGUCAACGAGCAAGCCUGGCCUACUGUAGUGGAAUAUGCAGAACGCAAGGCUGAGGAUGCAGACGACAAGGUGGCGCUGAACAACAGAGCGUGUACGAUCGCCGUCAAACUCUUGCAGAUCUGGAAGUUAGCAAUCUGGAGCGAUUUACAGUCCCCAGCGUCCGACCGCUCGUCCGAUAGUCAACGCAGCGUUUUGACCGCGCGGUUGGCAGCCGUCACAAUGGCCUCCAUAGCCGUAGCCACGGAUAGUACAAUCAUCGGGGACGACGAAGAGAACAAGGCGAUGGAGAUAGAGCUGGGCUGCGCAUUAUGA